CACAGCACACCAGCUAAAGUUAGCAGGUUAAUUCAGCUCACAAAGCGCCUCAGAGCCGCUUCACGCACGCGUUCGACCCCAAAACACCGAAGACUCGGAGCUGACUCGGUUUUUUAAACCAGGACCUCGCACAUUCUCGUUUAUCUGUGCGUGCAUUUAACGUCAUUUUCGUAAGAAUCCAGAUUUAAUGAAAUGAAACACCGCGCGUUUGUGUGUGUAGUUUAGAGACGCUCCCUCGCCUGGCCCCGCCCCUCCCGUGAGGCGGAAGUGUGACGUGUGUUUGAGCGGUUGGUGCUGCUCGGUUGUGCUGCUCGGAGCGGCUCGUCUCCGGCUCGGUUGUGCUCGGUUCUACUCUCCCGGGAUGAGCUGCUGGCUGUAGCGGGUCUGUGAUGCUGCGGAUCCGGGCGAAGCUCCGGCAGGCGGCGGAUCAGAUGAAGAGAAGACCCGAACUGUGCUGCGGCGCGAUCCUGCUCACCUGCGCGCUAAUACUACCCUUAACCCUCACCUGCAGUCGUGUGAAGAGCGUGGUGGCGUCUCCUCGGGCUCCGCUGCGCUUCUUCCCGGCCGAGGCCCCGCUGGCGGAUCUGUUCCUGGGUCAGCUAGAGGAAGUGGAUCGUCUGCUGGAGGAAGCGGAUGUGUCGCUGGUGUUCUACUACGCCCCCUGGUGCGCUCACUGCAUCACUGCACGACAGCACAUCCAGCAGGUGGCGCUGCGGCUCGCCCAGCAGGUGCAGUUUGUGGCGGUGAACUGCUGGUGGCAUCAGGGCAGAUGCAGGAAGCAGAAGAUUUUCUUCCAGUAUCCAGUCAUUCAUCUGUUCUACAGGAGGGUCGGUCCGAUCGAGUACAGGGGUCCGGUCCGGUCUGAGUAUCUGGAGAGCUUCAUUCAGAGAGUUUGUGCUCCGCUCACGUACCUGCCCUCCGUUAGAGCCCUGCACACCUUCCUCACACAGCACCAGGCUGUGGUGGGUUAUUUCCGGUUCAGCUCGUCUCCUCAGCCGGCGGGUUACAUCACCUUCCUGUUGUCCGCUCUGCAUGCGCUCAGACGAGAUCAGCAGGGGGAGGUGCGCUUCGCUGUGGUGACCAAUCAGGCGGUGGCAGAGGGCGUGUCACUCAGGGAGGAUGAAAGUGUGUAUCUACACCGGCGUUUGAACAGCUCUCUGGUUUUCCCGCGGACGCAGAGGAACUUCACUGUACAGGCCGUGUGUGAUUGGGUGUUUGAGAACAGAGAGAGCGUCAUACACUGGAUUCAGCCAACGGGAGCGAAGAGUUACUCACUGGAGGCGGAGCUACAGAAAGGCCCCGCCCUCCUGACCUUCCUCCCGCACAAUCCCCUCACAGCCAAUCAGCUGCUGACACAGGUGAGCGCUGUGGCGCUGCAGUAUCACUGCGGCUCAGAGGAGGAUUUGUUCCCGCGCUGCUGUCAGUCUCUGUCGUUCUCGUCGGAUGCGAGCGUGUGUGAGCUGUGUGUCUCUCGCUGCUGGGCUCUGGCUCUGUAUCUGCAGCGGGUCAGUCUCUCCUCCUGCAGGAGCGUCCAGAGCUCAUACGGUGCGUUCGGCCGGUGGAGCGUCUGCUGCAGGAGUGUCCCCAGGCCUCCGCUGGACUCCAUCACAGGCCUGCAGUGCCGCUCCAACAAGACGCUGCGCUUCUACCUGCUGGACACACAGCUGCACUGGCCGCUGGCGCAGAGACUCGGAGCAUCCGCAGACCAGAGCAGAGACCUGCCCUUCAUCACCAUCAUCAACCUCAGAGAUGAGACACACUACGUGCUCAACCACACCGACGCACUGGAGGAUUUCAUCCAGAACUUCAGCGCGACCUACAGUCCUUUACACAGACAUCUGGUGGGACACAAACAACAGCAGCAAACACAGUCCCUCAUACAGGAAGUGACCUCAGACAGCUUCCUGCACACCGUCAUGGACUCACAGAGGGACGUGCUGCUGCUGUAUUAUUCGGUCUGGUGUGGUUUCUGCUCAGUUCUCAAUCACGUGUUUCUGCAGCUGGCUCGUCUGUUCCAGGGAAACAGCGCCCUCACGGUGGCCAGAGUGAAUGUUGGCCGUAAUGAUCUGCCCUGGGAGUUUAUGGUGGAUCAUCUGCCGUCUGUGCUGUUCUUCCCCAGACACAGGAAGCAGAUGAGUGUGAAGUUUCCAGAAAACACACCCAUGACAGUUCCCAACCUGCUGCGGUUCGUUCUGCAGCACUCUGACCACGCCCCAUGGGAGGAGUCAGGUAGAGGGGCGGAGCCUCAGUCCCUGCUGGAGGCGGAGCUUCAGGCGUUGCAGCGGCAGGUUUUUUCUCUGCAUCGGGCCAGAGAGCGUCUCUCUCAGCAGCUUUCGGUCCUGUGGAGGGAGAACCGGCGGCUCACCCUGCACACGCACACGCUGGAGACCCAGAAUGCCGAGCUGCAGGAGCAGAGCGGGCGGCUGGAGACACUGUACAGAGAGAAAACACGGCAGCUGAGCGACACUGUUCACAGACUGCAGGAGCUCGCAGACGCGUCUGAAGAACUGCUGGAGGAGAACUCACUGCUCAAAGUGCUGUUAACUGUCCUGAGAGAGAGAGACGGAUGGGAAGGAGACAGUCGAGACACAGACGGACAGGAAGAAGCAGACGGACAGGAAGAAGACAGACAGGAAGAAGACAGACAGGAAGAAGACAGACAGGAAGAAGACAGACAGGAAGAAGACAGACAGGAAGAAGACAGACAGGAAGAAGACAGACAGGAAGAAGACAGACAGGAAGAAGACAGACAGGAAGAAGACAGACAGGAAGAAGCAGACGGACAGGAAGAGGAGAGACAGGAAGGGAAGUGUGAAGCUUCCUGACAACAGAUGAUUAUCAUGCAUAAUCUUAAAGAAUCUCACAAAACCUGUCAAGAACACAUCCAGCUCAUAUUUCACCACAAAAGGAAAUAAGGAAUAUUUUAUGAAAAUAUAUAUAUAUUUUUUUUUGUCCGUUAUUUUUAAAUACGUAUAUUUCCACCCUGAAUGCAAAUGAUCUCAUUCUCAUUACUGUAUGUGAAAUGAAGAAAUAUAACUUACUGCACCUUGUAAAGUGUUUAUACAUCAUGGCGGUAUUUAUUGUGCAGAUUUAAUUAAAAUAAAUCAUUAUGUUACAGUUAAAUUGUAAAUGGCAUUUAAAACAUACAGAGAAUCUACUGAGAAUUGCCUUCGAAGUGAGAAUUACAAGAAAAACAAAAACAUCUGGACAAAUUAUAGAACUGAGAAGAGAGAUUAUUUACAUUUCUAUAAUGAGCAUUUGUUAGUUUAAUUGUCAUAAAAAUGAUAAGUCUUAAAAAGGUUUCUAUUUCUCUGCUGAGUUUAAUUUCUUUCUUGUUCUUGUGGAUUUGGAGUGAAAUGUGAUCUGGACAUGUUCUGAUGAUUAAUUAUGAUUGUCGUUACAGACGUGAGUGAUUGAAGACGUUCAUUGAGAGACUGAUGUAACGAGAC